AUGCCACUCGCCGAGCAGAGGGGCUUACUCCCGCGUUGUGUUGCGGAGUUGAAUGCCCACUUUCUGUCGGCCCGAGCUGACAUUUUUACGAGAGGGACUCUGACCGUUGAGUUUGCCCCCAUGAUGUCUUCAGGCCUCUCAGGUAACGGGAUAACGGGGGAUGAGGGCAUAAAUAACCGCCACGCUGCGAUACUGCUGACAUUGUCGCCUCUCCACGAAAUUGGCGAGGUUUCUGUGCGGCUUGAAAGAAGGGGAGAGGACACUGGUGACAGCAUGGGAGAGUGUCACCAGCUACCGCUGAAUAAUUUGAAGUUGUGUGAAACAAAGCGGCGUGUCGUGCGCAUUAACGAUGGAUGGAGGCCCGCUGUAGCAUCGCCAGACAUUCUCGCUGUGGAUUCCGCUAGUUCCGUUGCUGUCGAGCAUAAACUUGGCCUUGUGGAGGCGGAAGAAAAGAACGAGCCGAAAAUAGAUGAGGAUAAUGGCGCAGAGGAGGUUCUUGAGCUUGUUUUUGGUUCCAGCGACAGCGAGAAUGACACCAAAGCUGGUGAGUACGAUGAUGCUGAUGAUUAUGCCAACAAAAAUUGUGAGAGCGUUGCGGAGGAGGGUCCACUUCACUCUGCGUUGCUAGAAGAGAGUGGCAACGACAACACAGGCCAACAGUUUGUGCUUAAACUGUGGCCGUUUCCUGCUAAUGGAAAAGAUACAAUGGAUGAGGGCGCGUGGUUCAUAUCGCGCUGUUGCAUCGAAGUUAGGCUGCUUCCUCCAUCACAGCUGGCGAGCCUCUCGUACCCUCGUUUAACAGUGUCAUCAGCGGCAGGUAAAACGCACUUGAAGCAAGAGGAGGUGUGGGAGUUUGGUAGCGAAAAUUAUCUGUUGUUGGUGGGGCAGCGGUUUUACGAUUACUUUAUUUGUCCCCGCGUGGCGUACGCGGAAAGUGGACCGGAUGCCGCGAGUUUUGCGGCCGUUGAUGUCUAUGUAACAGCACUGCGCCCCUUCUCAGAUGCGAUUGCAACUUCAUGGGAGAUUUUGCCCAUGUGUUCUUUUCCAGUGCUACCGGAAGAUUUAGUGUGCGCGUUUGUGAGAUCACAACAGGGGGAAGUUGCAUCUCUUGUAGCCGAGGAAACACAUGCAGGGGUUCGAUGGCGCGUGCAACACCACUCCGCGUAUACAGUUUUGUCGUCCAUCGAUGAGGAAGAUGCGAGUGACGGAAAGGAUUUGUACUUUUUUAACUGCGAUCACGUCUUGAGUGACUCUCUUUUUCCACUGAUACGUCUGGCAGAAAAAGCCUGGGAGGAGACAAGCUCGCGGGCAGCGGUACGCGUGGAUGCAAGUUUCUGCCGCAGGAAAACCACAUGGGUUGUUACUGGCUGCAGUAACACGUUAUUGAGCCUUCGACGUGGCACGUUGUGUACACGGGGAGCGGUGGUGUUGGUGGCGGAUGUGCUGCGAACCGUGCGGAAAACUAUGGCCUUGUCCACGCCCUUGUUUCAGGCGAAUCUCCUGCGGGCAAAGGCGGCGGUGUUGAGCUCCGCCUUGGAGAUGCUGUGGCGGAUGUCCGCGGGGAAUGGCGUUGCACCGGAGUUUGAGUUCACGCCCUCGAGCUCCGCUCUCACUCGUGGGUGGGCCCUCUGUUUGCUCUGCAACGAGUUUGGAUGGACGGAACUGCUCUGUCAGGAGCGCCAGAUUGCCCUAACCCAUAUUUCUGCCUCGUCCCAGUUGCACCCAUGGUGGCUCACCCAACGGUAUGUCCAAGAGACUCAUGAAACACUAAUGUUUUUAUCCUCUGCCUUUGUGGUCGCUUCCAUUCGUCAGAGGCGCCUUUUUCCAUGGCAGUUUUUUGAGAAACACCGCAAAUAUAAACCAUCGGUGGAGAUGCUGGGCGAGUCAAACGUCAUGGUCUCUAGUGGCAUGCAUCUUUUGCUUGUGCAGCAAAUGUUGACGCAACGACGACAUGAAGGAGGUGGUGGAGGUGUCGCCUCUCAGCCUGUGGUGUUCCAUGGCUCUCUUUACUAUGAAGGAAUUAAACAGCAUGCCACAUGUUGCGAUAUUAAUCUUCGCCUGAAUUGUGUCAAGGCAAAUGCCACAAAUCGUUUGCGGAUGCAUGGCAUGCGUCUUUCCCACUCACUUUGGGGGAUUGAUGUUCCGUUCACCGUUGUGUUUUUCGCUGUGGAUGCAUCAGAGGCGUCUCAGAUGGCACCGGAAGGAGUGCGAAAGGAAAAGAGACUCCAGUGCCACGUCACACACGUGUUGCCCUGCUGCUGGAGGGUUUCUGGCCUAAAGUGGGCGAGAGGAGUUGAUCAGCAGGCAUCCUUCUCUUUCCUGGGGACGGUGGCUGAAAAUUUCGACAGGGAUUUUGUGAAGAAGAAGGAGACGAUGGAGAAGGAAGAAAGUGAAGAGGGUAACGACGAACCGCUUUUCAUGAAAAUUCCCAUGUUGGUGCUAAAUCUGAAAAUUGUUCCAGCCGCGUUGUCAAUAAGUGUUCAACAUGACUGGUUUUGGUUAAAUUUAAUUUCGCCCCUGGAUGCAUUGGCACGUCAGGUCAUCCUGCAGCGCAUCAUGGAAGAGUCUGUGCGGGAGGGCGAGAAUAAAGUCGAGGAGACGGAUCUUAUUUUUACACCGCUGAUGAAUCAACUGCUGGAGGGCGUUGUUGGGGAUCACUGCUGUGCAUCCGCUAAGUCAGAAGGAAAUUUGCCUGCCACGCUUUUUCUAUCGGCUUUAAAGACUGUGGAUCUUGGUUUCACGGCUAUCCGGUCUCGGAUUCGCCCCGGUUUGUACACCCGUUUUACGCGUCUCGUGUUGAAACUCAACUUGACUGCCUCGGUCGCUACGGACCCUGCGGGCGCAUUGAGGCGGAGUUGUGGUGACGAUGAGAGGUGUCGACUGCCCGGGGUUGUGAUGGGCGUGGAGGAGAAGAUGUUAAGUCAUCUUCGGACGGUGGAGGCGUAUGAUGCUUCUUUGCCGCGCCCAAACCCACGAAGGCGGCAGCGGCAAGAAGAGGAAAAUGAAGGACAAGGAAAAAAACUGGGACCACGAUUGGUAUUGAGUCUGAGAAGGCGAUCAGUUGUCCAGCGGGCGGAGGAGGAAAAGGGCCAUCAAGAGAUGAAGGUGAAGAAUAGGCUCGAGAUGACGUCGUUAGACAAUCCUGCCGAUUUGGCAGCCAUGGUUGGUCGCAUUAUUACGAAAGGCGCUGAAUCCAACGUGGCGGACGAUACUUUUCUUGCGGCACGCUCAGCCGCCUUGUCGCUGGUGCUGCCGUUGUGGCUACUGUUGCACAGUCGGCCCGACAUGUCUGAAGCGCAGCAGGCGGCGUUAUGUGACGGAGCGGAGGACAUCUACGAAUCCCUCCGAGACAGCGCUGUCGCUAAUGACUUGGACCCCGUCCUGUUGAAGGGGUACGAGUGCCUUGCGCAGAAGGCGGAGUCGAGAAAGGGACAGAGAGACUGCUCCGGUCAUCCAUAG